AGAAAAACUCAGCAGUGACCUACAAUACAAACUAUCUGAGGAGGUUCCACUUUAUCAGCUUAAAUACAUAACGCAGUGGAACAAAAGUUAACAAGAGACUGAUGGUGUGGACUUGGGCUUCAAAGACGGGCAGAAGAAAUUUAAUUUAGGAAUGAGUUGGAGGACGUAUCAGAUCAGCAGCAGCUGUUAGUUUGAUGAGAGAGCUGGAAAGUCCCGAGAGAGGAUUUUUAAUCGUUAACUAAAAUCAGUUUGAAGACUUCUGACUGGAAGAAUCAUGUUUCGUUCACAACUUCUGAUUGUUCUGUUGAGUUGUCUACCCAUGGCAGCCUGUCUUCACUGUUACACCUGUGUGUUCCCCUCCAUCUCUCCUCUGGACUGCUUUAAGUUUCCUCAGGAGUGUCCAGCUGGGCAGCGCUGCCUGUCUAGUACUGCAACGGGGACAAGAGGCGCACUACAAGUGACCAUGUACGAGAAGAGCUGUGCCAUCCCCUCCCAGUGCGGUGUGAGCGGGCAAAAAUACGCCUCAGGCCUCUUCUUCAACUACAGCAACGUCUGCUGUGAUACAGACCUGUGUAACGGGGCCGUGUCCGUUGCUGCCCUCAGCUGGGGAGGAGUCGCUCUCGGCCUGCUGCCUGCACUCUCUCUCCUGCUGGCCUGAUUUUUAGAGGUGAUGACGGGGUGACCUGGAAAAGAUGUGCACUCACAGGCACAUGAGCAUGCACCUGUAUGUUAACAGGGUUUGAUGUCCUGUUUUUAAUAAAGAAUUAAAAAAUGUGGCCACCCAACGCAUGAUGCAAUGAUAUGCUGAUAAUUUAAAUCAAUGAUACUAAUUAUUUUAAAAUUAUACAAAAUAUUUGAUAGCUUAACAACAACAAAUUAACAAAUGUCAAUAUUACAAUUAACCAUAAUUUUGUUAAAAUAACAAACUGAUGCCAAAAUAUAUCUCACCUCAAGGUCUAUUUUGUGGCUGUUCUGGAACUACAAAUUGGUAGAAGACCUCUCAGACUAUGUCAUCUUGAAAGUUUACAUUCAAAAGUUCAUUUGUGACACGUGUGUGCACAUGAAGGUCACAUGGUAUAAUAGAAAGCCCCACAGCGGCUACUAAACGGACCUUGAAGGGAGCUUGUUUUGUCAACUGCUGCUUCUGAAGUGAAGAAUGAGAUUUUACACCAACAUGGAUGAGAAGUUGUUAAAAUGCACAGAACUAGAAAUUUGAACAUUACAUAUGACAUGUCUAAUGGGUGAAAACUCCAGACGAGAUAAGGGUACCUUGAGGUGUGAUCAUUUUGACAACUGCAAACAAAAAUACUGUAUACAAUAGUUAAGCCAUGUACCACUGUGUUAAAAAAUGAAUGAUGAGCUAAUAAAAGUCCACUGAAGACUCAGACGUAUUUUGCCAUGUAUUAUGGUUAUAAUAAAUCUACUUGACAACAUGUUUAAGUCACUGUUGUCUAAACUUUGAGAGUACUGUUCGUUUUGUUGUUUGCACCUUGAUUUCCUCUUGAUAAUCAUCUCAUGUUGUUCCCUUGAUAACUGCCACAAAGUAAAUAAAACACAUCUGUUGCUGGUUCAUUUCUUAUCAAGAUGUUUUUUUAUUGGGAUAUUAAUACAUGUGGCUUUAAAAGAGCUUUUAAGUACAAAAGUCAGCUGUGCUAUUAGUUUGAUUGUCUUCGUUGUUCAUUUAAAAAUCAACUGCUUUAGUGUCCACACCACUGUUUUUAUCCUGUGGACUCUUAAGUGCAACUGCUUUUGACUACAUGGCAGCAUGAAAAAAAAACAGAAAAGGCUAAAAUUUAUAGGGAAAUGCAAAGGGAUUAGAAAAGCAUCAUAAGAAAGAAAAAACAUGAAUAUGAAGAUAAAAAAAUAUAGUUAAAGACAGUGAAGUGAAAAACAAACUAAUCAAAGUAACAUUUGAAUGAAUGUAUCAAGUUAAAUGGUCCCUGAAAUUGUAUUUAGUCCUACAGUAAGAAGUGAAAAACUCUUCCACACAUGGAGAGAAGAAAUAUGAAAAUACACGAUCCCUUUAACACGCUGGUCCAUUUUUUAGAAAUUCAGUCAAAUAAAAUAUACAGAAUCAUCUCUUUGAUCAUUCUCUUUGAACAUUUGCAUGGCACCUCGCAGUUCAUCGAGGAAGGGCUUAACUUGCAUGAUAGAAAUCAUAAAAAAAUAACCAACCGUGCUUACAGUGGAUGUCUAAUAUAAACACAGUCUGUAUACAAGAUUGUCUUUUCAAUUUAAAUUGCACUUAGGUUUCUUCUUUCCGCCCUGAUCUGAGAGACAUAACACAUUAAGAGGGUCACACCACUACCUGUUGUACAAAGGACGUCUUAACAGCAAACAGCCUCCAUAACGUAAAUCUGCAUAAAGCCAUAAAGGUAAUCACAUCCUCUACACAAGCUGCUACUACAGUCGGACAAGGCAUGUUAUUAUUGGUUCCAGUUCUUCCCAGCGGUUCAAUUUCAAGUCACUUUUACUGAAUAUACAAGGUUUUAAAUUAAGGACAAGUCCAGUGAUAUUAAAAAAUAUUUCUAAUCAUCAACAAAUCGUUAGUUAAAAGAUCAGCAAAGUUAUUACAAGUGUCACUAUUUUAAAAUUUCUUAAAAUUUUAAAAACCAAAUCAAUAAACUUAAUCAUGUUUGCUGAACACUACAUUGCCCUGCAGUAUUUCUUUCUUCAGUAGGACUGAAUGGGCGUGGUGAGAGAUGAACUAACAUGUUGUGGUUUUACUCUUGCAUAGAAUAUUACCAGCCUUAUCCUUUGAUUAAUGAUGACCUAUGUUCUAGAGCUGCCAGUGCAUGUUUAUAUUUAACUUCCUGCUGGUUUUUUCUCCCAUGUGACAGAACAGGCCUUCUACCCCGAGCUACUGGACAAGUGUGUCCAAUGUAGCACUUAAACAGUCAACGACAGCUUUUACUUCUUCAUCAACGGCAACUUCAAUACGAUCACAACCGGAUCUGUCUGAUCUAUACAACUAUAAAAAAAAAAAAAAAAAAAAAA